GUUGAACGGGAAGUGCUGCGCUACUGCGUCAACUCAGAAAGACCUCCAGCCGUGUGGGCUUCAGUGUAGGCUGUGCUGAAGCUUCAGGAAAAGUUCUGCUAGCCAGAAAGUGUCCUAAAGUUCCUCGUUAAUACUUAACAUAUAAUUCCGAACAGCUCUGGUUUGGUUUUAUACAGGAAAACAGCGUUUUCUUCUUCAGUAAUAUCGACUAAUUGACUAAUUGAAGCUCAGGUAGUCGCCUGGUCAGUAAGCAGCCCUCACUAUGUCUGAUGGGGAAUAUGAUUACCUCAUCAAGUUCCUAGCCCUGGGGGACUCUGGGGUGGGCAAGACCAGCUUCCUGUACCAGUACACGGACGGCAAGUUCAACUCCAAAUUCAUCACCACAGUGGGCAUAGACUUCAGAGAAAAGCGGGUGGUGUACAAGUCCAGCGGGUCCGAUGGUACAGCUGGGAGGGGCCAGAGGAUACACCUUCAGCUAUGGGACACAGCAGGCCAAGAGAGGUUCAGGAGUUUGACAACAGCGUUCUUCAGAGAUGCUAUGGGUUUCCUGCUGCUAUUUGAUCUGACUAAUGAACAGAGCUUCCUCAACGUCAGGAACUGGAUGAGUCAGCUGCAGAUGCACGCAUACUGUGAGAACCCCGACAUCGUCCUGUGCGGAAACAAGUGCGAUCUGGAAGACCAGCGAGCAGUCAGCGAGGAUGAGGCUCGAGAGCUAGCCGAGAAAUAUGGGAUCCCAUACUUUGAGACGAGCGCAGCAAAUGGUGAAAAUGUCGCCCAGGCGGUGGAGGUCCUGCUGGAUCUGAUCAUGAAGCGGAUGGAGAGAUGUGUGGACCGGUCCUGGAUCCCCGACGGCACCAUGCGCUCCAACGGGCACAGCGGGAGCGAGCUGGUCGAACCACCCACGCAGGACAAAAGCAAGUGCGCCUGCUAGUGGCCACCUGCUGCCCUCUCAGUCUGUUAUCAACCAGCACCAUUGCCCUCUUCUACACUUGGAUAGAUAGUACAUAGGACAGGAGAAAGUGCCAAUAAUGUCUUAAUAAGUUGGUCUGGAAAACACUGCAGUUAGGCCCCAAUUCCACAAAAAAAUUAAUUGGUUAACAAAAAUGAAUACUGCAGCAUUUUUCUGCCUGUUUCUGCAGCAUGCGGUCGAUUACCACAGACAGUUUCAACACGUUUUCCUGUACUUGUUGACUUGUAUGCUUUUAUAAUAGAAGCCAAUGGGCAGAUGCUGAAUAUACUUACAGUGGAAGCCACUGGGGGGCAGGUCCUGAAGCAUUGGCUUCUAUUAUACAUGCAUUUAGUGUUUUUUCUGUUAUUUUACUCAGUUACUACAAAUGCAGGCUGCACAACAAUUCAGUUGUUGUUAUGCAGGUCCUUCAGAGUGGUUUUUUUGUGAAAUGGUUGAUUGUAGAGACUCAGAUUUCUUUACAGAGGUAGUGAUAGGAACCAGGGGUCGCCAUGACUACAACACAAAUAUAGACAUUUUAUUUACUAUCCAGAACCACCAGUGAACCUGCAUGUGUCUUCUGAGUUUUACAUGGAAUGUUGAUGCUGGUAGUGCAGACCUGCAGAAUUUCCAUGCUGGUCUGUUAAUGCUGGUUCAGUUGGUCACCCAGCAUUGACAUAAAUGUGUGUUACAAAUGCAGGUUGAAAACGCUGCAGUAUUCCUUUAAUAGUGAAAAACAUGUUGUGUUACGAUGCUCUAGUAAUAGUCACCCCACAACGACGGAUGAUUGACAUGCAAUAUUAUGUCAUACUGAUUUCCUGAAGCCAUUGCCACAUGUUGAGCUGGUGGUACUUGCAGUUUUGCACAACACCCAGAGCAUUAUAGACCGUCUCUCUGGCGGAGGUUGUGGUUUUCCAUGUGCUGAGUAAUCUGCACUUGCUAAUGGCUUCUGUAAAUCAGCCUGUUUCACAUACCAUUUCAUACAUUCUGGCAUCAUACUAUAACGGACGGACCUGGGACUGGACACGGGGUCUAUAUGCAUGUGUGUCUGUCAUCUUUUUAUCAGCGUUAAAAAUAAGAUAAAAUAAUAAGGAAUAUGUUGGUUUAGGAGUUCAGAUUGCUUUAUGAAAAUAAUAGGCUGCACUCUUAAAAAUGAUGGCUCUUCAGGAGUUCUUUAGCAAAGACAGUGGUUCUAUAUAGAACCAUGAACGCUCAAAGAACUCUGUGCAUGAU